GUAUGUUGCUUUGUUUAGGAUGAACAUGUGAAUGAUUUUUCAACUAUAAAAGUCAGGGAUAAGAGAAAUGCUAACAGCCGUGCAAUUUUCAAUCACCACAACCACUCUAGUAGCUUCAAUCUACAUCCUCUUAAAAGUAUAAAUCACAGAAUUCGAGGCAUUGCUGCUUUCUUUAAUCAUUAAUCCCCAUCGCCUUCUUCCUUUUCACAGAACAAUCUCUUCCUGCAUUCUUCAUGUCUAUACUGUAUAGUUUCUAGCAGUACAGUACACCCACCCAUACUGAUUUAACUUCAUUUCCUCUCUCUCUCUCUCUAAGCCUCUGCUCUCUUCUGCAAGGAGAAGACUAAAUAGUCAACAAAGAACUCAAGAUAUGGAUAGUGGGAGCAUCAAUGCAUUUGAUACUACUGGUGUUAUAGAAGCUGUUUGGAUUUCAAACCCUCAACACCACCCUUCUCUCAAUGGCUGUGCAUCACCAGUGGACUUUGAAGAAUCAGAACAAGAAAUAGUGAAAGAGCAGCCACUGUUAACACCAAUGGACAAAGAAGAUAAUGGCAUUGAGGAGUAUGAAGGUUGCUUUCAUCGGCCCGAGAAGAAACGGAGACUUGCAGGAGAUCAGGUCCGGUUUCUGGAGAGGAUAUUUGAGGUAGAAAGCAAGCUUGAGCCUGAGAAAAAGCUGCAGUUAGCAAAAGAACUCGGCCUGCAGCCUAGACAAGUUGCAAUUUGGUUCCAGAACCGGAGAGCCCGUUCGAAGGUCAAACUGAUUGAGAAGGACUAUGAUUCCCUGAAAGCUAACUUUGAUAAACUGAAAGCUGAUUAUGAUUUCCUCUCCGAGGAGAACAAAAAUCUAAAGAAUGAGGUUCAGCUGCUGAGAGAUAAAUUGCUCAUUCAGGAACAACAGUGCAGCGCAAAAUUCGAACCGACCCAUAAAACCAGCACAUAUAAUGAUGACAAUGAACCUCACAUAGAGCAUUGUGCUAGUUUGAUCUCCCCAAAGGGAGAGAGAUCUCCAGUGGUGUGCAAGGAUGAAAAUGCAAGCUGGGUUAAAAGUGAUAUUCUUGAUUCAGAAAGUCCACAUUGCACUGAUGGGAACUACUCUUCAUCACACAUAUUGGAGUCUGAUUUCUCUCAGGAUGAAGGUGAAAGCCUGAUCAGCAUUUUCCAGCCAUCUUGCCUGCUCCCAAGACUUGAAGAAGAUCAUGGACACCAAAGUAUAGCAAGUUUGUGCAAUUUGGGGUUUUCCAUUGAGGACCAGACAGCCUCUUCAUGGUGGAGUGUUGGCCUAACUGAGUACUGACUACACCUUUCAAGUCAUAAGGCAUAGCAUAUGUAGUCAUCAUUUUACAACUCCUACUUCAAAUCCUACUACGUUUCUGUAUGGCAUAACUGAAAAAGAGGUUUAAAGGAACCUAAGGAAGCUUCAACCUGGAGCUUUAAAAAAAUACCUCUUUUUAUUAUAUGUUGUAUUAUUUUUCAUUUUGAAGUACAUAAUAUGAAUAAAUAUUCAUGAGA